AUGAAAUUUUUUAUUUCUUUAUUUUUUUUAAUAACUUUUUUUAAUUGUAUAAAAGGAUCUGGAAUAUCACAUGGUGGAUGUCAUAAAUUAGCUGUUUGUGCUUUAGAUAAAUGUAUACCAUCAAUUUCAACAUUACCAUCUGAAGAAAAGUUAAUAUCUCUUCUCCUUGAUAAGACAAAUUUUGCAUGUAUUCUUGGACCAACAUGUUAUGAACAUUGUAAUACUUGUGAUUCAUGUAAAUAUGCUCAGGAACAGAUGAAAAGAAUAAUUCUUGGUAUGGAAUUAGAAGGUGAAUGUAAAAAACUAGAAAAAUGUGCUGAAACUUGUAUAACAGAUGGUUUGAAAGAUCCGUUUAAGUGUGUCUUUCAUGGAAGGUGCGCUAAUUUUUGUUUAGAUAAUAUAGAUUGCCCCAAAUGUUAUGAUAUGGUUAAAAGAGUUUUUACUGGAUAUUGUGUGAGAUCUAAUUUUAUGGAACAUUAUAAGAAAAAAUGCCGAGAACUUUUUACUCAAUUAUCUAUUAAUUUUGUUAAACAUUUUAACAUAACUAUUUAG